AUGUCAGUAAACGGUCAGCCGAUGAUGUUCCCACCUAAUAUGAUAUGUUACUGUUGUAAUAUCAACUGCUCACCCAAUGGAGUACCACAAUAUCGACCAGCACCGGUAACACCGGUACCAGUUGCACAAGGAGAGUGGGCUCAAUGGGGCGAAUGGUCCGCUUGUGAAGACAAUUUCGGAGGUAAUUUAAGAAUUUUAUAACAGAUUUUGAAAAAUUUUGAUUUUUUUUGCAAAAACUUUCUUUACAGCCUAAAAAUUUUUAAAAUUUGACUUUUUAUACCUAAAAAUGGUCUAAAAUAACAUUAAAAUGACUUAAAAUGCCAUUUUUUAAAAACCUAAAAACCUAAAACUAAAAAAAAAAAAAAAUUUCAAUAUUAAAAAAAACGCAAAAACUUUCUUUACAAACAAAAAAAAACAAAAAAUUAGCUCUUUAUACCUAAAAAAUAGCUAAAAAUUCCAUUCUUUAUUAUCCCAAAAUAAGAAAAAUGCAAAAACUUUCUUUCCAACACCCUAAAAACCCCAAAAAAGAUUGUUUCCACCCACUGUUCCUCGAACUUUUUAUAAUCAAGCGCACCGUUGCUUAACUUGCCAGAUCGGACGGGACCGCGCUUUCGCACUGUGCAAAAAAGCCAAAUGGCGCAGCACGGUGCAGAAAUUAAAUUUUUGGCAAUAACUUUGUUUACAAAGAUGUAAAAUGGCGUUUUUGAAAGUUUUUGAGUAUUUGGAAGAAACUUUCUUUACAAAAAUUUUAACAAAUUAUUUUUUUUUAGGUUCGGAUAAAUCGCAAAAAUUUUCUUUACAAAACUUAGAAAUUUUUAAAAAUUUAAAGAAAGUUAAUUUUAAAUUCACGUAUUUUACAGUAACCUCCCAAACCCGUAGAAGAACUUGUAUUGGUGGUAACUGCCCUGGUGGAGAGUUUGAACAAGCUAGGAGGUGUCUUCAGACUCCACAACAAGAUGAACCGCCUGCUAAUCAAAAUACUUGGUCUGACUGGUCGAAUUGGAGCUCAUGCAGGUAAAUUAAGUUCAAAUUUGCAUAUUUUAGACUUAGAAACACAUUUAUAUGCAGAAAAUGAGUUCUAGGCCUAAAACAAAUCUUUAGGUUUGGAUACACCUUUUUAGGUUUAAGUACGCAUUUUAGGCUUAGGUACACAUUUUUAGGCUUAGAAACCUACUUUGGGCUUAGAAGCACAUUUUUAGGCUUAAGUACACAGUUUAGGCUUAGAAGACACUUUUUUAAGCUUAGAAACACAUUUUAGGCUUAAGUACUCAUUUUUAGAAUUAAGUACACAUUUUUAGGCUUAUGAUGCGUUUUUAAGCUUAAAAAAUAUUUUAGGUAGGCUUAUAGCGAAAUUUUAGGCUUAGGUAUACAUUUUAAGGCUUAAUACACAUUUUAAGACUUAUCAUCUUGAAGAUAGGGUAAAGUAGGGUAUGUCAGACAGAAUACGAUAGAGUAGGAUAGAUAAUAUAAGAAGAAUAGGGCGUGGUAAUUUUUAAAUAUAAUAUUUGACUUCAGUAAAUCCUGCGGUCCAAACAACUUCCGUACUCGUGCACGCCACUGUAAAUGCUCAAACGCAGUAUCACUAGACGAUUGUGUGUGUAUUGGUGACUCAACAGAACGACAGGACUGUCCCACCGUACCGUGUUGCGUGCACAGCCCGUGGAGCGAAUGGUCCUUGUGCUCCACCACGUGUGGUCCUAAUGGUAUGCGACAGCGAGUACGAACAUGCUCGUGUGCUGAAGGACCAGAUUGUGAUGCUCUCGGUGCUAAAAUUGAGCAACAACCAUGCGCUUUCUCAGUACCAUGCACACCAUUGAGAGAUGAAACAGUACCAGUAGUACCAUCAGUACCAUGUGUGAAUUGUGCACCAACAGUACCAUGUGCUAAUUGUGCUCAGUCGGAUGGAAGCACAAUACAAUGUGUGAAUUGUGCACCAGUACAAGCACCAACGGUACCAUGUGUCAAUUGUAAUAGUGUGUGUUCGUACUGUCCAGUUGGGUACACUCAGCCAUGUUAUACUUGUUUGUCCAAGAAGAAAAGAGAAGCGUUGUUGAAGGAAAAAGUUGUUAUAUCAUAA